UUGUCUUUAACCAUACAACAGAGCUAGAUUAAAAUUAGAUAGGGUUCCCAUGUAAGCAAUAAAUAAUAGUGGUAAAUAAGCCUAACUUUUAGACUAACUGACUGCGUUAUAGCCAGAGUAAAACAUGUAAUUAUUACUAGUAUAUAACCACCUGGCCACCUGGUAUGAAGUAAAAACAAUUAAAUACAUUCGAAAUGCAUGUAGUCAAAAGAUUUACAUAAAAAUGUACUAAAUAUGCACACUAACCACAAUGACAAAAUACUUGUAGAAGCUGGGCGAUCAAGAUAUGUUAAUUUUCUGGUACAACUUACACUCCGCCUAAAUCAAUCUACACGUGGUGAUUCAAACAUCUGUUCGUUAUUUAUGCAAAUAAAGUCUACAGAAGUUUAUUGCAUCCUAAGCAAUACGUUAUCUUUAAAGUACACUUAUACUAUAUUAGUUGUCUCUAAAUGACAGCAAGUAACGGUAAGUUUUCUUUAAUUUUGAUAAGAUUCAUUCAUCGAUGUGCUCAGCGAUCUAGAACCAUUUUUUUAAACUGUCUCAAAAUCAAAGAUUCUUACUGGUUAGAUUUCAGAAAGGGGUGGAGAUUUUGUUAAAAAAGAACAAAACAAAUUCAAAUAACUAUCAAUGAAAAUAGGUAAUCAAAUUCUUGCAUUAUGAGUCGAUAAUAAACAAAAGGUAAAAGUUGAAAGCCCGCGAACAUGACUUCCGACUUGACUAACACUGGGAGGUAGAUAUAAGAUAAAACCCACAACGGUUCUAAACACGGGGUGCCCUAAGCAUCGACGACAGUGAACGGAUUUUUAGACAUUAACUUAUGAUAUAAACAUCAUUUAACAAGUUCUUUAUUUUCAUUUAACCGUUUUCGCGAUAUAUCCUUUUUGCACGCAUUUGUUUUAUCUAACCUUUACCUUAAGUGCGUAUCUCGUUUUCCGACAACCCUAACCAUGAUUGGUUCGGCACGGCCUUUGCAGCAUAUCACACUUUGUAUAAUUUAUUUUGGCCUUUUUAUUUUUAUUUCAAUGCGACUUUGCAAUGGAAUGCCAGUGGAUAUUUCUGUGGAACGACUAAAUGAGGGUGUUUUGCCCCAAGAAUCCUCCGAAAGGACUGAGGCUUUCGAUCCACUGGACAUCAAUGAUGGUCAAUCCUUGGACGCCAAACUCAAAAUUAUGAGGCUCCUGUCCGAGCUGGAAAAGGAAAUGGAAGAGAAGUUUCAAAGAAGAAAGAAUCAUACAAAGGUUAACGCAACAGCUACACCUCCAAAAGCGGCUCCCUACAUUUUUGAGGGGGAUAUUAUUUUACAACCAGAACAAGCACUGGAAAUUGUUGAAUGGGGAAAACGUCGACAAAAGCGCAAGCUGCACGCCAAAAAGGUUUAUUUGUGGAAACUUCCUAUAUGGUACACCUUUCAUCCUAACGAGUAUAAUAAGAUGGAAGAGAAUAGUAUUCUAGAAUCUAUUAACAUCUUGGAGAAACUAACUUGUAUCAAGUUUCAAAAGAUAGAAUAUCAUCUACUGCUUAACAACACCUUCCAGUUGGCCAAUCAAAACAAUGUCACUAUAAACUUCACCAAAGACAUGGGUUGUUGGUCCUACAUCGGUAGACGAGAGGCACAUAAUGGUGUACAAGCUUUGUCAGCAGCCCCAAACUGUAUGGUUAACGAAGGUUCCUUGUUGCAUGAACUGGGUCAUGUAAUUGGCUUUUGGCAUGAGCACUCCCGGCCUGACAGAGAUAGUCACAUUAACGUGGAAAACGAUUCAAUAGAGGAAGGGAAAUUGUUCAACUUCUACAAAAGCAGUUGGCAGAAUGUGGAAACGAAAAACGUCAGUUAUGAUGUCAGCUCCAUAAUGCAUUAUUCUGCUACCGCAUUUGCCGCUGUUCAGGGUGGUGGAACAUUUGUUAAGCCGACACUUAUUGCAAGGGACGUCCGCCUUCAACGUGCCCUUGGCCAAAGACAAGAGUUUUCUUUUUAUGACGCAAAGCUUGCUAACUUGGCAUACUGUCAAGACGUAUGUGAUCCUUCACUGUUGGCUAAGCCUUGUCUCCACGAUGGUUACCAGGAUCCCAAAAACUGUUCCAAAUGCCGCUGUGCAGACGGGUUAGGUGGGGACUACUGCGAAAAUGUUCAAAUACAUCCUCAGAGUACAGUGGAAACUGGAGAAAUCUUUGUUUCUGAUAAACCCAUAGUGAUUUCUGCAUAUACAACUAGUGAUUACAAGAAAGGGACUAAAUUAUCCUGGCUCUUUAAGACUGAGCCAAACAAAAACAUCAAACUGACGUUUAAAGGAGAUUUCAUGAUGUAUUAUAAUUGCACAGAUGAUCCUAAUGAGAAGUGCAGGGAUUAUGUUGAAGUUCGCUAUUACCACAAUCUAGCAAAUCCUGGAGCAAGAUUUUGUUGUUUCAAUAAAAAUGAUAAAACCCCUCCCCUCUUAUCAGAGGGGAAUGAGAUGCUGGUAUUGAUGCGCGCUUUUGGGGAUGGUAAAAAAGGCUUCGAGGCGGAGGUGGUUUCAGAAUAUUGCGGCGGAUAUGGAAAGGAUAGUCGAAGAGAUCAGUCGUAUAUGCCUUGUUCCCGCCUUGUUCAAGAGACUUGUCAACAAGUGUGGGAGGAGAGGGAGGAAGUAUCCUGUAAAACCUGGUACACAUGGGCUCCAGACUGCAAAACAGAAGUAAUGGUAAAGAAAUCCAGGCCUGCUUUGUGUCCUAGAUCCACAUAUUACUGCGCUGACGGCUUCUUCUUUGAUGGCCAAUUAUGUGUUGGAUUAACCAGUACCUUUACAUUACCACCUUCUCAGACGACUCACACGGUAACUCUCCAGGAAAACAAACUAUCUUCAACCAGCAACGUUCUGUACGACGCUGUCGGUUGGACGACAUGGUCAUCCUGGAGUUCCUGCAGCGCUACCUGUGGUGGAUGUGGAAUUCAAACAAGGGAUAGAACUUGUGAAGAUUCCCAAUUAUGUGGGGGUAAAACUUACGAAAGAGAGGCUAAACAGUGCGGAUUACAGCCUUGCGAUAAAGAUAAAGUGUCGAACAAAUGCACUCGGGAAAUUGAAAAGCAGCAACUUUGUAGUCCUUUAUCCAUGGAUAUAUGUGUCACGACGUAUACAGAAACUUACGACUGUUUCGGUACAUGUUGUGCAGAUUAUAAAAUUGAUGGAGACAGCUGUGUUCCAAUAAACAAGAGAUAGGAUUUAGUGAAACUGGAAAAGGGGUGCUAAACGCAAAGCGGAUUGUUUCCUUGCCAAGCGACCGAAGAGGGUUUAUAUCUGUGAUAUUGCUUGUAUCCUCCUAGAUUGUCAAGUAGAAUGCAGAAUCUUUCCGUCAUCGCCUGGGUUAGAACGUCACGGCUACUUCAAAACAGCCACAUCUACACCUGUCAUUGAGCAUACCCCCCCAGAGUACUUUCAGUUGUACUUCAUCUAAGCUAAGAAUUAAUGGGGCAUGCUAAAAUUAUUUUAACCAUUCGUCGAUCAUAAGAAUUCCAUUACAAUUUGUGAAUGUAAAUAGUCAGUUCAUUUUCAGUGUACAUACACAUAAUUAUUAACAUCAGACCUGCUUUUGAAAAAUGUUUGGAAAUUUAUUUCGAACUCGUCUGCUUAAUCUAUAAUAAUAUCUUAAUGGUUCACUGUCCCUUUUGCUUAAUGUUUGCUAAUGAUUGUCAUAAGUACAUUUAAUUCAUAAUUUAAAGGCAUUCACUUUCAGCUUACAUACAAGGAAAAACAAUAAUGGAAAAUACCUUAUAUAUACCGAAAGGAAAAAGAAAGGGUAACAAUAUAUGCGAAUUUUUUGAUCGCAAGACCGAAAAUUUCGAAAACUAGUCAGAUGAGAAUUGUGGUUUUUAAAACACUUAAAUUUGUGUUCAGAAUUAUUCAACCGUGAAAUUAUGACGUCACAUAGAGGAAGUGUUUUAAAAGGCCAAAAAAGUGCAAUUUAAUGACGACUAGCUUGUGAACAGUAUUCUUGUAUCAUUUGAUGCAUUUUGGAUAUACCCAAUUUUUUUCAAUAUUUUCAGACGGUAUGAAUUUCUUGAAGUCUUGUUACAGUUGACGGAAGUUCCAUUGGGUCUGACAUUUAUAUUGCCUAAUUCAGAACAAAGACAACAACGGGUUGCUGUGCAGUUUCUUGAAAAUUUUUACCCCAUAGAACCACAGGUGACAGUAACAUUAUAGUCAUUACGUAAAUUCAAAUUUAGUAUGUUACUGGCCCCUGUGCAUAGAACGUCUUACCCGUCGUCAGAGAGGGCUUCGAAUGGUUUCCAACCAACCGUGACGAUGACGUUAACAUGUUACAGAGCCACGUCAAGAUCGAGUUAUUCAUCCUUCCACCUGUUUAAUCGUCACUUUGCUACCACAAAAACUGCUAUGCAUAAGCUAAGCUAUGAUAAUCAUUAAGUUCACCUUAAAACUGGGGGAAAAACAAUUGCGCGAUUUGGGUUUUUGAGCUAGUCAACUUUACUUUGUUGGUCCUGUCUUCCCACAGCUGAAUUUUUAUUAAAAUAGAAAAUUUGGCGUUAUGGCUAUUUAAUAGUCAUAACACAAAAUUUUCUAUUUUAAUAAAAAUUUGUGGGAAGACAGUCUUCUCACUGGCACAUGCGUGUUGUUUACCCCCGGCCUAAUGUAGCAAGGGUUUAUCAAGAUCACGCAAACAAUCACAUUUACCCACUCGAUUGAACAUUUGUGGGACUGAUUGGAUGGUAAGGUUCGAUAUGCCAAAGCUGGUCUCCUUCAACUGCCUCGUUGAAAAGAUUGAAUAAUAUCCAUUUUUGAUGGGCAUUGAAGAUAAUGAGAAUUUUGAUGUUUAUUUUUGGGGGAGGGGAUGGGUAUCGUCAUAUGAUUAUCAAUGAUUCAUGAAUUAUAAGGCAAAAGCAAAUGGGAUUUUGGUUUCAUUUAUAUUUAAGAUUAUUUUAAACGUUAGGUAGAAAUACAAGAAAAUGCGUAAGGAAAAAUUAAAUUAUUUCUCCUCAGAAGUUUACCCUGUGUUUCUUUUUCCUUUCGGUAUAUAUACUCUUAUAUCAAA